AUGUCUUCCCUGGAGGAUCAGCAGAAGGACGUCUACGUCACCCACUCGUCGCACGGGUCCGAGAGCAGCGCGAGCAAUGUCGACGGCGCGUGGAAGUUUCUCGAUGACCAUCGAGAGGUGGCGGCCAACAGCGAGCCCGUCGAUAUCGAUCACUUGAGGCGCAAGAUUGAUUGGCACAUCGUGCCUCUGAUGUUCUGCUGCUACACGAUGCAAUUCCUCGACAAGGUCAUCCUCAAUUAUUCGGCCGUCAUGGGAAUGAACAAAGACCUUGGUCUCAAGGGCAACGAGUUCUCCAACGUCGCCACGUUCCUGUUUGUCGGACUCCUGUGCUUCGAGGUCCCCAACAUCUACUUUCUGCAGGUUCUUCCCGCUGCCAAGUGGCUUGGCGCCAAUGUUAUCCUAUGGGGCGUCGCUACCGCCUGUGGUGCUGCCGCUCACAACUACACCACGCUCCUCGUGUCGCGAGUCUUCCUGGGUAUCUUCGAGGCCACCAUCGGUCCUUCCUUGAUGCUCAUCAGCAGCCAGUGGUACACCAAGUCUGAGCAGGCUCCUCGGUUUUCCUUCUGGUAUCUCGGCCUGGGACUGGGCCAGAUUAUCGGAGGUGCUGUGUCGUUUGGCUUCCAGCACAUUGGUCCCGGUGCCUCUCUUGCUGGCUGGCGUAUCAUGUUUGUGACUCUGGGUUGCAUCACUGUGCUCAUUGGUCUCUGCACCUUCUUGCUCCUCCCUGACACACCCAUGAAGGCUAGGUGGUUGACGCCUGGUGAGAAGGUUGCCCUGCUCAAGCACGUCAGUGUCAACCAGACUGGUAUCGAGAACCGCAAGUUCCGUCCUAAGGAGAUUGUUGAGGCUCUUUGUGAUCCUCAGCUCUACCUCAUGCUCGUCUCUGUCGUCUUGCUCUCCGUCUCGAGCGGUGUUGUCACCACCUACUCUUCUACUCUGAUCCGCAACCUGGGCUACAACCCCAAGAAGGCCGCUCUCAUGAACAUGCCUUCUGGUGUCGUCAGCAUUUUCUUCACCCUUGGUGUCGGAAUUGGAAUCCGGAAGCAGUCGCACCGCUGGGCAUGGAUCAUUGCCUGCAUUAUCCCUGCUAUCAUCGGUGGUGCUUUGAUGUCCUUCCUCCCUGCCACCAACAAGGCCGGUUGCCUCGCGGGUAUCUACCUCGUCAACGCCGUCGUCGCUCCCCUGACCAUCUUCUACAACUGGACUGCUGCCAACUUUGGUGGUGCUACCAAGCGAGCUUUUGCCGCCGCCAUCGUCAGCGGUUCAUUCUCGCUCGGAAACAUCAUCGGACCCCAGACAUUCCAGGCCAAGGAUGCUCCCGACUUCCGCCCUGCCAAGCUCGCAGUCAUGGGAACCCAAGCCGGCUGCGCCGUGACCACAUUCUCUCUAUUCCUGUACUACGUCUGGGCCAACAAGAGACGCGACGACCGCAGCAAGGGUCUGGAGGAUUCGUACAUGUCCCCCGAGGUCUGGUCGACCAUGACCGAUAAGGAGAACAAGUUCUUCCGGUACACUUAUUAG